AUGGAAUGGAUGCAUGUUUUGUUGAACCUCAAAAUUUUGAUUCCUUACAAAUGACCGAUGAAGAUUUUGAUAAUAAAUAUAUGAUCGAAGUUACUAAAAAUGAUGAAAAAGAUAAGGAAAAAGAGAAUGAUCAGAAAGAAGAUAAUGAACCUGUAGAGGCACCACAAAAACCAAAGACCCCACAAGAUUUAGUAAAAGAGAAAAUUAUCGAGGAAUAUAAUCAAUUAAAAGAAGAUCGUAGGAUGCUACAAACAUAUAUUUUCCCAAAGGGUGAUAAUAAAUGGCCGUUGCCAGUAAAUAUUAAACGUCUCAUAAAAAAUGCACAACAAAAGUUUAACAUCCGACCUUCACGCAGAGCUACUACUGAUCUGCAAUUUAUCGAUGUCAUUAAUGCCGUCGAAGAACUGAUGACAAAAUUGGAAGUAGUCAAGGGUAAUGAUCUGAUUAGUAUUGAAGCGCAAUCAAAUGCCACCAUGUUAUUUAGAAUUUUAUUAAGAUCGUGGUUAGCAAGUCGACGUGUGACAGAAGAAUUUCAUCUCAAUUCUCAAGCAUUGAAAUGGGUAUUGGGUGAAAUAGAGUCAAGAUUCCGAAAAUCACUUGUUGCACCAGGUGAAAUGGUUGGAACUGUGGCUGCGCAAUCAAUCGGUGAACCUGCAACACAGAUGACUUUGAAUACCUUCCAUUAUGCUGGUGUAUCCAGUAAAAACGUUACCCUUGGUGUACCUCGUCUCAAAGAAAUUAUCAAUGUUGCAAAGAACAUUAAAACACC